AUGUCGGGAACCAAGGCAGCCCUCAAAGCAAUCAACGAUGCUAUUCGCCAGCAAAAGUUUGACGAUGCAGUGAGCAAGGCUCGAGAGCUUAUAGAGAAAGACCCAAAGAAUUAUCAAGGGCACAUUUUCCUGGCAUUUGCCCUGGACAAGAAAGACAGACUCGAUGAGGCUCAAGAGACCUAUCGCUCUGCGACAUGGCUUCGUCCCCAGGAGGCACAAGCAUGGCAGGGCCUGAUCAAGCUGUUUGAGAAGCAGAACGCCAAGAAGCUGGUCGAUUAUCAGCAGGCUGUCGUCAACCUGGCCCAGAUCUACCACGCUGCCGAGGAUCUAUACAAGGCCCAGGACGUGGUGGACAAGUUUGUCGACUUUGUUCGUGUUCACGGCGACGAGCUGCAGUACGCCGACGCUCUCUGGAUACAGCUUCCCGAGAGCCCCCUCUACGGCAUCCUCGAGGGCCGAUUCCCGCAUCCCGCAAAGUCCUACGAGACCAUUGCGCACCUGAUCGAAAAGUUUGAGAAGCACCGGAUAAACACCCUCAUUGGAGAGCGCCGGACAAAACUGGGCGCAAAGCUAUCCGAGGUCACCAUCGAAGCCAAGCGAGAGGUCUACAGCCAGAGUAAACUCGAACACGUCUACCGGCAGCUUAUCAACUGGACAAGCGACGAUGAUCUCAGAAGGACGUAUGAGGAGAAGCUCUUGCAGCUUUGCUACGACCGACUGCUCGUUGCACCAGCUGGUGCUGAAAAGGACCAAGAGCGCGAGAAGGUGGUUGACAUUGCCAAUGGUAUGGUUGCCAUUAAGCACCCCUACAGACUUGCCUGGGAUAUCGCGAUAGAGUGGCAGGACAAGAAAGAGACCAAGGAGUGGGAUGUUGACAUCCUGAGGGCGUAUUGCUCAUUCUUCCCCGAGAGCGACCUCUACAAGGUUAUCACGAGCUUCCUGACGAGUCCCAUCUCGCCCUUCCCCCCAGAAAAGCCCCAGGAGAAAGCAACACCAGAUGGUGCCGGUUCUGAUGAGAGCGAAGAUGAUGAGGAUGGCGGAGUGCCUACCCUUGUUGUUCCCCUGACCGACGAGGACCGCCUGAACAUGAUGACAGAGGGCAUCACCACUGCAGACUCUGUUUUUGCCUAUCGACUAGUUGGCCAGUAUUUGCUUCACGUUGGAGAGUAUGAGAGUACUGUCGAACUGAUGCGAAAGGCGCUGGCCCUCCUUGUCAAGGAGCGCAAGAAGACAGGGCUAUCGUUUGCCCACACUGAAGAUGCCUAUUACCUCUCGCUUGGUACAGCCUUGGUGUACUACCAAUCCCCGCGACAUCAUCAAGAAGCAAAGAACCUCUUCGACAAGGUUCUCGAGCGAGACACUACUUCCACUGCUGCCCUGAUUGGCGUUGGUCUCAUUUACGAAGAAGAGGAGGAAUACGACCAGGCCAUUGACUUCCUCAGCCGUGCUCUGAAACGCGAUGAGACCAACAUUCGAGUCAAGUCGGAAGCCGCCUGGGUCAAGGCGCUCAAGGGAGAUUGGCAAACUGCGAAAGAAGAGCUGCAGGAGUGUCUUGAGCCCCUAGAAACGCAAGGAGCUGCCUCAAAGGAGUUGCUGGGCGAGACUCAGCACCGUCUGGGAGUUUGUAUCUGGAAUAUUGACCCGAGCAAGGCAGCGCGGAAACAACGCAAGGGAGAGUGCGCGUAUGCCUACUGGCUGAGUGCACUCAACAAUAACCUCAGCCACGCGCCAUCAUACACAUACCUCGGUGUCUUUUACGCCGACUAUGCUAAGGACAAGAACAGAUCGCGAAGAUGUUUCCAAAAGGCACUGGAGCUGUCACACGCCGAAGUGGUUGCUGCUGAGCGACUGGCCCGGUCCUUUGCGGAUGACGGAGACUGGGAUAGAGUUGAGUUAGUCGCUCGCCGCAUUGUUGAAUCGGGCAAGGUGAAGCCACCGCCUGGAUCUAAGAGAAAGGGUAUCAGCUGGCCAUUUGCAGCAUUGGGAGUGGCCGAGCUGAACAAGCAAGACUUUCACAAGGCCAUUGUGUCAUUCCAGGCGGCGCUUCGUAUCACUCCCGAAGACUACCACUCUUGGGUUGGUCUUGGAGAGAGUUACCACAACUCUGGCCGCCAUAUCGCUGCCACCAAGGCCAUUCUGAAUGCCCAGAGGCUCGAGGAGGAGACUGAGGCGGACAUCUCAGGGGACACUUGGUUCACAAAGUACAUGCUUGCCAACAUCAAGCGGGAACUCGGCGAAUACGACGAGUCCAUCUCUCUGUACAAGGCGGUUAUAGAGACACAUCCCGACGAGGAGGGUGUCACCAUUGCUCUGAUGCAGACAAUGGUGGACAAUGCUCUUACGUCAGUUGAGAAGGGGUUGUUUGGAAAGGCAGCUCAGCUUGCUGUUGACACAAUCGAGUUUGCCAAGGCGACCAAGGGCGGCGUGCUCGAGACGUUCAACUUUUGGAAGGCCGUGGCUGAUGCUUGCUCGGUCUUUUCCUCAGUACAGAGCCGCACCAAGGACUUUCCCACUCAGUCUAUCCGAGAACUGCUUGAAGGCAGCUCGCAAGAGGCCUAUGAGAUCUUUGCGAGCGUGGACAAGGUGGGCACUGAGGUGGUGUUUGCCAAGGGGCUGUACGCAGAUGAUGAGCAGCCAGGUGUCGACCUCACUCGAUGCAUCCACGCUACAAUCUUGUGCCACAAGCAAGGCGUGCACAUCUCAUCUAACGACCGCCACGCACAGGCGGUAGCUUAUUACAACCUUGGAUGGGCAGAGCACCGUGCUCACGUCUGCCUUCCCUCAGAACUUAGGAAGAAGUCGAGCAACUACGUCAAGGCUGCGGUGAGGUGCUUCAAGCGCGCCAUCGAACUGGAGGCUGGAAACUCAGAGUUCUGGAACGCUUUGGGUGUCGUAACGAGCGAGAUCAACCCUUCGGUGUCUCAGCACGCCUUUGCGAGAAGUCUCUACCUCAAUGAGAGGAGCCCUGUGGCCUGGACAAACCUGGGAACGCUGGCUCUCUUGUCUGGGGAUAUUCAACUUGCUAAUGAGGUCUUUACACGAGCUCAGUCAACAGAUCCUGACUACGCACAUGCUUGGCUGGGACAGGGUUUCGUGGCUCUUCUGCAUGGUGAUGCGAAGGAAGCUCGAGGACUAUUCACUCAUGCCAUGGAGAUUGCGGACUCGUCCUCUGAACCGACCCGACGGCACUACUCGAGCUCCAUGUUUGACCACAUCCUCACGGUGACUCCCAACGACCUCAACGUGGCGAACCUCAUCCAGCCCCUCUUUGCGCUCAACCAGUUCCAGAGUCUCAAGCCGCAGGACUUGGCGUUUGGACACCUGGCAACUCUCCUUCAGGAACGUACACACGAGAGUGGACGGGCUGUCGAUACGCUUGAAAAGAUCUCUUCGACUAUCGAGGCUGACUAUGAGAGCACCGAGUCGUCUGAGAGCCUCGCCAAGUUUGCCCUGGCUAAGACGGAUCUGGCGAGAGCCUACCUUGCGGCUGGGUCUUAUGAAAAGGCUAUUGAGUGUGGCGAGCUGGCGCUUGGCCUUAGUAGUGAGGAGGCAGAGAACGAACUUUCCAGUGAGCAGCGUAAAAAGGCACGACUUUCUGCUCACUUGACAGUCGGUCUCGCGCAGUACUUUGACAGUCAGUUCGAUGAGGCUGUCCUGUGCUUCGAGUCUGCUCUGGAAGAGUCAGAUGGGAACCCUGAUGCGGUUUGUCUGUUGGCUCAGGUUCUCUGGGCUCAAGGAUCCGAGGCCUCGCGAGAUAGGGCACGAGAAGCAUUGUUUGAGGUGAUUGAGAGCCGGCCUGAUCAUGUUCAGUCGGUACUCCUCCUUGGUGUCAUUGCCCUGCUCGACAAUGACGAGGACAGCCUCGAGGCAGUUGUGGAAGAACUCCAUGGCCUCCGCACAAACGACAAGGUGACGGCUUCAGAGCAGUCCAAGAUUGGCCAAGUACUACGUGCGAUCGCCACGCUCGGUGAAGGCAAGACAGAAGACGACAUGAAGACUCAGAUCCAGACGGACAUUAUGCUGUACCCAGAUCUGCCCCACGGCUGGGCUGCUCUGGCAGAGUCUGCGGGAGACGAACACGCGGCGCAGAUGGCGCUCAAGGUCGCAGCCAGGGGCAUUCCUCCAUGGGGUCUGCUCGAGGCCCAGGAUCUGGCCGAGGCGUAUGCUGGAACUGAAACUGCUGGUGAUGCUCAGACGGCGGCGGUGCUGGCGCCUUGGGAGCAGAGUGGAUGGAACUCGCUGGCCGUCGCAACCGAAGGAAUCUAA